AUGUCCUCAGAUAGCUUUCUUCCAAGUCUGACUGAUGUUAUGGACCCAUUAUACCCCCAACAAUUGGAGGUAUUACGUCAACAAGUUUUGGCAGAAGGUGGUGAAAGCGCCACAACCCAGGCCCUUUUCAAUUAUGCAUGGGGUCUUAUUAGAUCACAACAAGUUGAUGAUCAAAGACUGGGAGUGAAGAUAUUGAGUGACAUUUACAAAGAAACCCCUAGUAGAAGAAGGGAAUGCCUUUACUAUUUAACAAUUGGUUGUUAUAAAUUAAAUGAGUAUCAGAUGGCUAAGAGAUAUGUAGAUGUUUUAAGUUCCCAUGAACCAAAUAACAAACAAGUGCAAACUUUGAAAAAAAUGGUAGAAGAUAAAAUCGAACGAGAAACUAUGAAAGGGCUACUAGUUGGUGCAGGUGUAAUUGCAGGUAUUGCAACAGUGGCAGGAAUUUUCUUCAGAUCGAAAAAGAAAUAA